AUGCUCUCCUCGCUGUGCUCCGGCGGUCUCUCCGGCUCUCUAGGCAAGAUCACGGACGGUCGGACCCCGCUUUGCGAAGAUGGGACGGACCGACGUCCGCCGAGCGGGGUCUCGGCGCUCGGAGGGCUCCUCUCGCUCUCUACACACCCGACGAUCUCGGGACCGCGUGCGCGAAGAUGGGACGGACUGACGGCGGGCGAGCAUGGCAUGGUCCUUGGAGUAACGGGCUGGCGAAAAUGUCGCUGUCUGCGGGAGAUCAAGUCGGCCGUUGGCGAUGUAGAGACGGUUGGCCAUCCGGCGAGCGGGGUUGGCGGGAUGGGCGGCGGGGAUGAGCAGGGAAAGAUCGAGCUGCCGCGAGCGGGGAGGGUUUGGAAGGGACGGCUGUCGAGCAUUCGGGAAGUUGGUUCUACAACGUACCAGAACAUACCGGAACCCUCUGGAACAUUCUGUGACAUCAUAGGUGGAGCUCAGUAG